ACUUGUAAAUCGCAAACCCUAUUUUUGUUGAAGUUGCAGUUCUAUUCUCGUACCGUCUGGUUGUGCUGUAGAAGUCAUUUUCACGUGAUAUCAAAGAAGCUCAUCUGGACAGGACCAGCCGCAUCCAACCUGAUCACUACAACCUUCUAUACUUGAUCUACCGCAAGCCGUCGCCAUGGGUUCCGUCGUCCUGCCCCAUCUGCACACUGCAUGGCACGUUGACCAGGCCAUCCUCAGCGAGGAAGAUCGUCUUGUGGUCAUCCGAUUCGGUCGUGACCAUGACGUCGACUGUAUGCGCCAGGAUGAAGUGCUCUUCAAAAUCGCCGAGCGAGUCAAGAACUUCGCCGUGAUUUACCUCUGCGACAUCGACGAGGUGCCUGAAUUCAACACCAUGUACGAACUGUUCGAUCCGAUGACCAUCAUGUUCUUCUACCGAAACAAACAUAUGAUGUGUGAUUUCGGAACCGGAAACAACAAUAAAUUGAACUGGGUGCUCGAAGACAAGCAGGAGCUGAUCGAUAUCAUCGAGACGAUCUACAAGGGUGCCAAGAAGGGACGUGGUCUGGUGGUUAGUCCGAAGGGUGAGUAUUCGAUCUCCUUUUUCCACUUGUUAUUGGGGAGAUAUCCGGACGCUAAUCGAGGUGUAGAUUAUUCGACGAGGUAUCGCUACUAG